AUGAGUUUAGAUCCUGCUAUGGAUAAUCAGUAUAUAUUACCGUAUAUUGGUAUAACUUCUUAUAUGGGUCAAUAUGAUAUACGUGCACAUCCAGUCCUACCUACUGUCGUCAACACAUCAUCCACAAAGAGUUAUACUUUCUCUUCUAAUCGUCAUUUCAAUUCAAAAUGGCUAAUCAUGAAAUCACACUGUUACAAUGUUUACCAUGAUCCGAUUCCAUUAGGCGAAGCAGAUAAAUUGAAUGUGAUUAUGAGAAAUUUAGAGAAACAAGUUAAACAUAUCCUAACUCAGUGGCCUGGUCAACCGAGUUUAUUACGUCUGUUGACCAUUAUUCACCGAAUUGAAUCAUUCACUGUAUCUGACCCAUUGAUUAAAUUUGUAACAGGUAUUGAAAUGCUUUGGCAGGAGAUGCAGGAAUGGGAACGUGAUGCUGCUAAGUAUGUUUCUUUGAUGGAGUCGAGUAAAGAAGUGUGCAAUCUUCUGGUUAAUUGGCGGAAAAUGGAGUUGAGCUACUGGUUAGCAACACUCGACUCAGCAGAGAUCCAGAUAGGUAAUCGUUGUUUGACAUUAUGGUUUCAUUUGUAUGAUCUAUUCUUACGUCCUGGGAGCUACCGCCAACAAAUGAAAUCCACUGAUUCAGAAGGUAAACAUCAGGUGAAUAAGAAAUCUUGUCCAAAAGACAAUGGUGAUUCUCAUCUUGAUGAUUAUAUACAACUGGAAACUGAUCGUCUUGAUGCUUUAAUUGAAUUAUUCGAGAAAGGACCUAUCGGAGAGUUUACAUCUCGUUGGAAACUGGUUGCUUCUAUUUAUUGUGCAUUGAAUGUGUGGCCUGGUUUAGGUGAACAAGAGCGGCUAUCGUCUAAACGUGUGGUUGGCAAUGCAGUAUGGUUUUAUGCACAGUUUUUACCGUACGUAACAGAUGAAUUGAAUAAUCUGCGAAAACCGAUUGAAAAAGAGAUGAAGGGUAUUGUAAAUAUCACCAAAUGGGGACAUUAUUCUCGUUUUUGGUCCGUUAAAACAUCAGUUGAUCGUUGUAAAAAGUUGAUUCACAAGCACGUGAAAAAUUGGGAAUCUAUUCUUCAACAACCGGUGCGACCAAUAUUUGAAAGUGUGAUCAAAAUUCCUAAUUAUCUAGAACCGAAUACUGAUAACAACGAUAAUCAUAUCUGUUCUAGUGCAUGGAUAAAAUUAAACAUGUCAGAGAUUUCAAGUGUAUUGAAUCAGUGUUCAAUUAGAAAAUCAUAUCAAUACCUACAACAAUUAUAUUGCAGACCAAAUGAAGGCAUGAAUGAUCUCCCUUCACAUCUCAUACGCUUACCAUCGUUAACUAAAAAACUUCAGAAACAUCUAUUCACAAUUGUACAUCACUCACCAAUACUUCAAUGGAUCAAACAUAUUCGGUCAGGUAUUCAUAUGUGGAUGACACUUGUCCAAGAUUUGAGUAAACAAACUGAACAUUUGAAUUCCUCUUGUCCAUCUGCUAAUCAGUUGACCAAAUUCAAUAAACAAAAAGCAUAUUCUAAAUUGAAAUCACAUAAACAUAGUAGUGGUGAUGGUGGUGAUGAUGAUGAGGAAGAGGAAGAAUUGAAAAAAACACGCAAAUGGCACCAGGAAUUCACAGCACUUCAACAAAGAAAGCGUUUAGCAUUAUCCGAUUGGUUGAAAAUUGCAACAAAGAAAAGUUCAAGCAAUGAUCAAUCGCAUGAUAUUUUUGACUAUGAAUUCAGUGCCCCAUUCGAUUCUGAUGAAGUAAUGAAUAACAACAAUGAAUGUUCUGAGGCUAAGAUCCAUACAGAUGACCAGUUUUUCGAGACAUUACAAUUACCUAAUCUUGGUUUGUCAUAUCGUAGAGGUCAACGUCAAACACAAACAGGACAUAUGAGCCGUUUUCUGGUCCAAUUGCAUGGUGAUCCAUGGAGUUAUGUUUGUCAGUAUAUUGGUCAUUUUAAUGUAGAUGACAAUCCAGAUUCCGAUGAAUUUUUCAUUCAUUCUGUAUGUAACCGUCUGUCACGAUUAAUCGCUCUACGUGCCAGUCUACCACGUGUUCCUGGCCCAUCAGAUGGAGAUGCUGAUACAAGUGCUUCAAUACUAGCUGAACUUGGAGGUCCAAACAAUUUAUCUCGAUUAGUUGGUAUCAUGGACGACUUGUUGAAUCAGUGUUCGGUAGAAUUCAAGGUUUGCAGUGAGUUCACCAGUAUAUGUAGAAAAAUGAAUCAAUUAGUUGGCGAAUAUGCUAUUAGUUUAAAUGUUUACAACUCGAAAGAUGAAGUUGAUGAAAUUAAUAAGCAGCUUGUUUGGUGUACAAAUUAUUCAUCUGAUCCCGAUAGGAUAAAACGAAUUCGAGUAUCAACUCAGAAUUUGGAUCAAAUUAUCAGGGAGCAUAUCUAUCAAUGGAGUGUUUUCUGGACAGUAUUUCAAAAGCAGACAACGGAUGAACCAUUUGAACUAUCUCAACUGUCUAAUCUUUUUGGUACAGAAGCAUGGACCUGGUUAACAGCUAAUCCUAAAACUCUGUUAUCCUUAUCUACUGAGAAUCCCAACCAGCUGAGAACUAUAACUGAAUCGCAUUUAAAUCCUUUAAAACUGGCUAUGCACCAAGUGUUGAAACGUACUUCACAACUGCUUACAUUGAAUACAUUUCUAUGGAAUGAUGCCAUACAUUUAUAUUGCAAAGAAUUAUGUAGCUCAUUGGAACGUUUACAGGCCAUUUUGGCUGCUUUAAUUGAUUCAUACAAACAGAUGCAUUGUUCCGGGUUAUUCGCUUCUGUAUUUCACCAUCUACAACAGCAGAUUACAGUUGAGUCGGACAGAAUUCAUUCUGAACUACAAGUCUUAUGCUUUACGACCAGUGUUGAAGAUGAUGUUCAUAUGUUAGACACGACAACCAUUACUGCGAAUAAUGAUAUGGGCAGUAUGGUGGUGAUGAUCGGGAGAUCAGAAAAACAAUUUGAACAACUCGCUAAUCGAACUAUUCAUUCUAUGCUAAAAGCUGUUGAAAUUAUUCACAUUUCAGACCAAACUGUCAGUGAUUUAGAUCAGAUUAGUUUGCUGAAUCACUUUUCGAAAAUGCUUUCAGAAUUGAUGAUAUGCACAUUACCGCAGGUAAACAGAUGUUUGACGAGCUUGCGCUCCAUGUUACAACAGUCAUCGUCGGUUGUAGAAAAUGCUAACGUUAACAGUAAAAGUAUUUUUCACUCAAGGCUAAUGAUAGUUCGAUGUAUAUAUCCCUUAAUGGAUGGACUGUCGAAGGCGUUGUGUACACGUUGUAUUCAAUUUUGGAGUUUACUGGACGCCUGGUUUAAACUGGGCGAGUUUGCAAUGCAGAUAACUGGACGUUUAAUCACCGAGGGAUUCUGUCGUCCUGCCAAUUUGCCUAGAGAUAAAAAUAGUCAAGCAGCAGAUGGCACCGGUGCAACAAGUGGUACGUCAGACAAUGGAGUAGAUGAUCAGUUGGAUACGGGUGAUGCUUCGUCAGGUGGUACAAGCCUGACAUCGAAUACUGGUGAUACCACCGGUGCAAAAGAUGUUAGCAAUGAGUUAGAAUGUCAAGAACAGAUUGAAGGUUUGUUGAAUGACAGCAAACAGGAGAAUAAUGAUCCAGGUAAAAAGGAAAGAGAUGAUACCGAUGGUAUUGAAAUGCCAGAUGAUGAUUUUAAAGGACAUUAUGAUGAUCCGGAAAUGGAAAAUUGUAAUGCAGAUGAUGACAUCACAGACCAGUUGGACCAAGAGAAUUUUGACGAUAAAAUGGGUGAAACUGACGGAUCCAAUGAAGACCUUGCUAACGAAAUGUGGGCAUCUGAUAACGAUGAUGAUAAUGAAGUGAAGGAUGAUGCUGAUUCUGGCAAUGACAAAGCCAAAAAAGGAGGUGAACAGAAUACUGACAAUGUUCAGAAGCAAGAAAAGCAGAAUCCAGAACCUAAGGAGGAAAAGGAUGCUGCUGAUCCUUGUGACAAGACUGAUAGCUCAUCUCAACGUAAAAAUCCUAAACGCCCACAAAACACCUCUGGUAAUCGAACUACUGUAGCGAAUGAAGACUGUAUGGAAAAUGAGUCUGACCAACCUGAAGGGUCUGAAGCAACAUCGCCAACGAAACAGAAUGAUGAUGACGAUGAACAUGGUCUGCCAACUGAUUGUGAUUCUGAAUAUGUUGAUAAUACAGAAGAGGUACCGGAACGCGAUGUUGACGAUUUACCUGCUGAUCUAUUCGACAAUCAAAUGGACAUUGAUAAUGAUAAAGGCGGAGAAGAAGUUGAACCUUUUGGUCAACUAGAGGAAGAAGAGAAUAAUCAAUCCACACUAGAUGACAAAGACUUGAAUUGGAAUAAUGAAAUUGAAACUAUGGAUAUUGAUAAACAAAAUGUUGAAGAUCUUACAAAUGUAGAAGCUUUUCCUUAUCAUGGAAGUGGAUCAGGUGAUCUGAAUACUCAGUCUAAUGCUUUCGGAGGAGAUGAUCAAGACGUCGAAAAUGUUGAUGAAACUCAAACAGAUAAUAUGGGGCAGAAUGCAGAUGUGAACUCAACAACUCAAACACCUUCACAGACGACUGGCAAUCAAUCCAGUCAAGAAAAUGCUUCAGGUGAAAAAUACGCUCAAUCUAAUGGUGGUAGUCAGUUGGAUACAUCAAGAUUAGAACCACUUGGUGGGCAAAAACAACAACAACAGAGUAAGAGAAAUCAAUCUCUUUCUGGUCCGAAACCUACAUCAGAAAAUCGAAGUUUAGCAAAUCAACAAAAGCCUUUGUCUGGGGUUGAUACUUUGGAAGUGGAUUCUGGACAUCAUCAACAACAGCAACAUGAUGAACAGAAUUCAUCUUCAUAUGAUGAACAAAAUACACAGCUUUUUCAGCAUUUGCCUAACUCUAGCGAUCCAAAUAAUACUGGUGAUGAAGAGGAUAAUGAUGCUCCUUGUGUUCGUGAUUCAGCCACAAUGGAUCAGGUUGAAAAACAACUGAACAGUGAAGGUAUGAAAGAAAGUGGGGACACUGGACUGGAGAAUGAUGAUAGUAUUAACAAUCAUGAUGAGGAUGAUCAUGAAAGAUUGCCAACAUCUGAAUUGGAGCCAACUGAUUCUGCUACCAAUAUAUUGCCAGAACAGAAUCGACAAUUACAUCCAUAUGUUAAAGGAAAAUAUCCAGGCGGCGACGAAGCAGUUGAAUCAGAUCCAACAGCGGAGAUUGUACCAACUUUGGGAGCCCAAAGACCGUCUCAGUCGAUCAUCUGUACUCGACUUGAGGUUCUGCUUCCAUCAGCAGUAGAUACUUGCAUGUCCGAGGUCCUAACAGACAUACAAAUCUUAGACAACAGAUUUGCAGAAACAUCUCUUGAAGGUUCUUUGGAAUGGGCAGCCUGUUGUCAACGGUCAGGAGGUGUAGCCCGCCAGCUUUGUGAAGCGCUCCGUUUAGUGCUUGAACCGACUAAAGCAUCACGUUUACGCGGUGAUUAUCGUACUGGGAAACGUAUUAAUAUGCGUAAGAUUAUUCCUUACUUAGCUAGCCAGUUUAGAAAAGAUAAAAUUUGGCUUCGUCGUUCUCAACCUAGUCAACGCGAAUAUCGUAUUUUAAUCGCUGUGGAUGAUUCAUCGUCAAUGUCUGAAAAUCUUUGUAAACAAAUGACUUUUGAAUCACUGGCAACUGUAGUCACUGCAUUGAAUCUCUUGGAGGUUGGUCGAAUCGGUGUUUGUAGUUUUGGUGAAGCAGUGCGUGUUUUACACAAUCCAAAAGAUCCCUGGGCAACAGAUGUUGGUCCUCGUGUUCUAAGUCAGUUUACGUUUGAACAACCGAAGACAUCACUUGUCCAGCUUCUUCAUUGUACUAUCCAUCUUAUGAACUCCAUUGGUUACACAAAUUCUUCAAAUGCAAUACCGAGUCAACUCUUACUAAUACUGUCAGAUGGUGUGUUUUCAGAAGAUCCACAAAGUCCAUCUUUACAGGCUGCUGUACGAUUGGCACGUGAUUCUCAUAUUUUUCCUGUUUGUCUCAUUUUGGAUGAUGUUCACAAGAAGCAUUCCAUAUUUGAUCUUCGACGUUAUUGUGGUCCGGGUAAAUUGCAGCCAUAUAUGGAUGUCUUCCCACUACCUUACUACUUGGUUUUGCGCGAUUUAUCCUGUCUGCCGAACUUACUUGCUGACGCUUUACGACAGUGGUUUGAAUUGGAAUCGUCAUUUGGACGUUGA